UUUGUCUCGGACUUUUAAAUGCCGUUGUCCCUCUGUUUAUCCACCCCCACCAUUUCCUGUACCUUUAACAACUUCUUUCAUCUUCUUCUCCUCAGACUUUGUCGCGUCUGAUUCCAAGCACCUCUCCACUUUGGCUUCAUUCUCGAGAAAUGGAUUCAAUCAUGGACAGAAAUCCCAACGAUUCUCUCUCCCUCUCCAGAAGAUACUUCAACUGGAGAGAGAAACCCGAAGACGACGAGAGACGGCUCGCCGAGCUCGAUUUGGCCGUACCCAGACGGAAACCGCCGCGGACGGCGGUGUCCAAGAUCCGCUCCGUCCUCAGCUUCGGCACAAAGCGGCGAUCCGGGAAUCUGGGCACCCGGGUCGUCGGGACUCUGUUCGGGCACCGCCGCGGGCACGUGCUUUUCGCGUUCCAGGACGACCCGAAGCUCAGCCCGGCGUUCCUCGUCGAGCUGGCGAUGCCGACCAGCGUUCUGGUCCGGGAAAUGGCGUCCGGGACGGUCCGGGUCGCGCUGGAGUGCGAGAAGGAAGCCGGGAAGAAACCGGGUCGGAUUCUCGACGAACCGGUUUGGAGAACGUACUGCAACGCCCGGAAGUACGGAUUCGCCGUGAAAAGAGAAUGCGGGCCGGACGAGUGGAAGGUUUUGAACGCCAUCGGGCCGGUGUCGAUGGGCGCCGGCGUGUUGCCGGGGAAGGACGGCGACGGAAUACGGCCGGAAGGGGAGAUGACGUAUAUGAGGGCCACUUUCGAGAGAGUUGUGGGGUCCAAAGACUCUGAAGCUUUCUACAUGAUGAAUCCAGAUAGCCAUGGAGGUCCUGAGUUUUGCAUCUACUUACUCAGGGUUUAGCUCUACUUUAGCUUAAUUCAUUAAUUAUUUGUGAUUAUUGAUAUAUUAAUCCUAAAUUAGUUGUUUUUAUUUUUUGGUAAAAUCCCAAAUUAGUUGUGAAAUGCCCAUUUUGUGAAACUAAAUUUCAGCUUAAUAUCUUAUUAGUUGGAUUUUUUUGACAAUCAUGAACAGCUUACUCGUGUUGAAUGUGCAG